AUGUCGGAUACGAGCUCGGCCGAGCAGCAUGUAGAUCUUGAGUCUAAGCAGGAAAAAGUGUUGUUUAAGGGCCGACUGCGCAGGUUUCUAUUGAUCAUUAAAGUGCAUAGGGUCUUCAUGUCAAUCCCAGCUGAGAAACUCAACAAGUUUGCUCCGCGAGUGUCAGUCUCACCCCCAUCCUCAUCAUCAGCAGCAGCAGCGAAUGCUCUGUCUACGCCUUCUUACACGGCAAUCUCCUCUACUGCUGCCAUCAAUGGUGAUGCACCUAAGAAAGUAUUUGAUAUCUUGAAGGAUGAAUUAUCUGUUCAAGUGUCAAUAGAGGUCCAUUCAGAUUUGUCAGUGAAAGAGGAGGACUGCAGUAGAGCGAGGGAUCAAGCAAACCUGCUGCAAUGCGCAAGUAUUAUGAAGAUAGUAAAAGACAAGGACAUGGAGUCUUUAAGGAGUUUCGGAGGUGUUCGAGGAACUGCAGAAGCUCUUUGUACUCACCUAGAGCUUGGGAUUAGUGGCGACCAAGAAAGUCUUGAUCAAUUUCGAUAUGGAGGAAGUGAAUUACUUUCAACAACAACACAGCCAACCAAUGCUCCUAGACGGGGCUUGUUUGGAUACCUUAGACAAUAUUGCAACAACUGUAACAUCCUACUUCUCUCUCUGUGUGCGUUGUUGUCCAUCGGAUUCGGGAUCGAGGAGGAGGGCUGGAAGACCGGUUGGUAUGAAGGUGCAAUUAUAGCAGUUGCGAUUUUCAUACUGAUACUCUCUCCUUUCAUCCGUGAUUUCAUGAGCAACCGAUCACAGAAGAUUUUGGAGAUGCAGAAACCAAUUGAUGAAACAACAGUUGUGAUCAGAGAUGGAUGCCAAAAGGAAUUAUUGAUCUCCAAUGUUGUGGUAGGCGAUGUGGUAUGCCUCACCAGCGGCUCUCCAAUCCCUGGUGAUGGAUUAUUCAUUGUUAAUCCUGGUGAUGAUCAAGUCCUCCUUGUUGUUGAUCAUGAUGGUUUGGAGUCAACAGUUGAUGAGAAAACUCCAUUUUUGUUCUAUGGGGCAAAGGUGAUUAACGGCAACGGACGAAUGCUGAUAACUUCUGUGGGAAUGGAUACUGUAUCGGGGGAGCUGAUGAGCAAAGUUUCCAAUACUCAUAACAAAACCCCAUUACUAGCUCAACUUGAAAAGGUUGGCACAAUAACGCAGAUAGCUGGGAUCUCAAUCUCGAUUCUAAUCCUGGUAGUGCUGUUCCUCCGCUGUAUGCUUGAAGGCAAACAUACUACUAAUAAAAACUCAGCUGGUCUCCCAGAACUAAAGAAUACAGCAGCAACUAAAAAUAUUAUUGACAUCAUCAAGAAAAUUGCCAUAGAACCAUGUGGAAAAAUCAGUCCCUUGACAACUUCGCUCGCCAUUUUGCUGGUCGGAAUCCAAGAGCCAAUUCCUUUUGGCAUCAUAUUAGUCAUGACUUAUAGGAGAAAGAAGACGUUUUCUUGCAAGGUUCAAGCUCAGGAACUAUUGGCCUGUGUCACAAUAGGCUCUACCAAAAUCAUUUGCACCGAAAAAUUAUACCAGCCGGAGGUUUUCAUAUGCUAUGUCGGUGAGGAAAACAUUCAGAAAGGCUGCUUGGUCGACUAUGGAGUAGGUACUUGUGUUUGUGAAGCUCUAUGCCGAUGUAUCAGCACCCCAAUUCUGAUGCCAUCAAUUCUUGGUAGAUCAAUAGAAGACCCGCUGCUUCCAUGGGCUGCCUCAGAAUUGGGGAUGGAUAUGGAGAUUUUGAGGCAAAAUUCCACCAUUCAAGAGAUGAAAGCAUUGAGCUCAGAUUAG